AACCAGUCGCAGAACACUCCACGACACACCCAAGUGACAAAUCAAAAAUGGCAGGAGGACACGGUCCAGGCCCCCGACACGGCGGCGCGCACCCCAUCGCUAUCCCACCCGUCCGACCUCUCUACCGAUUCGCCGCCGUUGGGCUCGGAGCUUCGAUGUGGUUCUUCCUCUUCUACCGCGCACGAUACGAUCUUCCGGUUCUCCUCGGAAUGAGGCAUCCUUGGGAUCAUUGAGCGGGAAUGGAGGUGCAGGGAGGGAGAGAGAGGAAAGCGGAUGGAAUGGAUGUGAAGAUGGUGCAAGGACUGAGGAGCGGAAUGGGUGAGGAGGUGAAAAGAGGGUGGUCUGUACAAAUGCACCGAGACGACACGUCGGCAAUCGGCACGGAGCGAGCAGAGAGAGAUAGGAAGAACAAUUGCAAUCGAGUCGAAAGGACCGAGCUGACCGUCCUCUCGACACAUACCUGUC